CGAGCACCGAAGGCACUAUUGAAUUGCCAGUAGAUAGUCGCAGAAUCACCGCGGCUUUUCGCAGUUCAGAGAAGCAAGGGCGGCCGUCUGCUCUCCCUGGAUUGCGUCGUGCGGUUUAGAGCGCAUUACUUAUUCGAUUGAACAUUUUAUUUUCAUAGAACAAGACCAUCUACACUAAAACGACAACAUGAGUGCAAUCAACGUGAAAAAGCUCAAGGUAAACGAGCUGAAGGACGAGCUGAAGAAGCGCCAGCUCUCCGACAAAGGAUUGAAGGCCGAGCUCAUGGAGCGGCUACAGGCCGCGCUCGAUGCAGAGGCCCAGGCUGAAGAAGCAGCAGAAACAGAAGAAAACGUAGCUGAAGUCAAAGAUGUUGCCAGCGAACAAGAACAGAUAGGAGAAGAAGAGCCGGAGGGAGAGAGCAUGGAGGCCGAGGAGCAGAAUGGAGACGGUAGUGGUGACGCCGCUGCAGUGGGUGAUGGUGAGGAGCUUGUUCAAGACGACGAAAUGGGCGAAGAGGAGGACGACGCCGGGGUGGAAAUGGACAAAGCAGUUGAUGACGAAGAGGAGGACGACGACAUCAUAGACAAAAUCGACGACGAAGAUGGUGAGCCAGAAUCCCAUGCAGCAGAUGGGGAUGCGGACAAAGACAUCAGUGCUGAUCAGAAGAAUAAGAAGGGUGUUAAGAGACGCCGGGAGGAACAUGGAAGGGGCUACUUUGAAUUUAUUGAAGAAAGCAAAUACAGCCGGGCCAAGUCUCCCCAGCCGCCACUGGAGGAAGAGGACGAAGAGUUUGAUGACACCCUGGCCUGCCUGGAUCCCUACAAUUGUGACCUGCAUUUCAAAGUGUCCAGGGACCGUUACAGUGCCUCCUCUCUUACCAUGGAAAGUUUUGCUUACCUUUGGGCAGGUGGCCGUGCCUCAUAUGGUGUAAACAAGGGCAAAGCCUGCUUUGAAAUGAAGAUCACUGAGAAAAUUCCAGUCAAGCAUGUAAACAGCAAAAGCAUGGUUGUCCAUGAUGUCCAUAUAGGCUGGUCCCUGGCUAAUGGAAAUAAUUUAUUAGGUGAGGAGGAGCAUUCCUACUCCUAUUCAAGCAAAGGGAAGAAGACUACAAACUGUGUGACUGAAGACUACGGGGAAAAUUGUGAUGAAAAUGAUGUCAUAGGCUGCUUUAUUAAUUUUGAAGGGGCCGAAGUGGAGAUUUCGUUUUCCAAAAAUGGCAAGGACCUUGGUGUGGCUUUCAAGGUCAGUAAGGAGUCUUUGGCUGGGCAAACUCUUUUCCCCCAUGUGCUUUGCCACAACUGUGCCGUUGAGUUCAAUUUUGGUCAGAGGGAGACACCAUUCUUCCCCCAACCAGAGGGCUUCACUUUCUUGCAGCAGAUCCCUGUGGAUGUGCGCAUCAGAGGACCUAAGGGACCUGAGACCAAGAAAGAUUGUGAGGUUAUUGUCAUGGUCGGUCUCCCUGGAUCUGGAAAGACUGAAUGGGUGAAGAAACAUAUUGAAGAGAACCCUGGGAAGUACAGCAUCCUUGGCACCAACAUCAUCGUGGAGAAGAUGAUGAUUGACAGCAUGAAGAGGCAAAACAAAGACACAGCAAAGCUCUCUGCCAUCUCUCAGCGUGCUCCUCUGUUCCUGGGCAAGUUCAUUGAAAUUGCUGCCCGCAAAAAGAGAAACUACAUCUUGGAUCAGACAAAUAUCUCUGCGCCGGCUCAGAGAAGAAAGAUGUGUCUUUUUGCUGGAUUUCAGCGCAAAGCUGUGGUGGUCUUCCCCAAAGACGAGGCCUACAAGGAGAGGACACAGAAGAAAGUGGAAACAGAUGGCAAAGACAUCCCUGAACACGCUGUUCUAAAAAUGAAAGGUAUCUACACAUUACCAGAAGUAGGGGACUGCUUCUCAGAGGUCACCUAUGUGGAGCUUCAAAAGGAAGAGGCCACCAAGCUCUUGGAGCAGUACAAGGAAGAGAGUAAGAAUGCUUUACCGCCAGAGAAGAAAGCCAACCAGGGCUUGAUGUCCCCCAAAAAGGGUGCUGUACGAGGCAAAGGGCCCAAGAUCCAGUUCAAUCGGGGUGGUGGCUCAGGCCCUCGUGGAGGCAGGGGUGGAUUCCAGAGUCGUGGAAACUUCAGAGGAAUGCCAGCACCACGUGUUCGUGGUGGUUUUAACCGACCCCCACGUGGCUUCUUGCCACCACCGCCGCCACCACCACCUGUCUUCCGAGGUGGGUUUCGUAGCCAAGGCAACUUCAACAGAGGUGGUGGGAUGCCCAACCGAGGAAUGGCUCCCAGGCGUGGGCACAUGAGGGGCAACAUGGGCAACAGAGGUGGUGCGAUAAGCCGCGGAGGGCCAGGGAACAGAGGUAAUAUGAGCCGCGGUGGUGGACCUAACCACAGAGGAAACUUCCAGCAGAAAUUCCAUGGCAGAGGAGGCCACCAGCAGAACCGUGGUGGUUUUGGCAACAAAAAUGGAAGUUACACCCAAGCCUUUAACCAGAGUUGGCAGCAAGGGUUCUGGAACCAGAAGCCAUGGAAUCAACAGUACCACCCAGGAUAUUACUGAGUGAUCAUUUGUAUUAAAGACUGUUGGCCUGUGGCAUGCUGAGAUACACAGCCACAGAAUAACAACCCACUUUUCAUUUUUUUUUGUUUUUUUUUGUUUUUUUUAAAGGAACUCCACUUUUAAAUAAUAGAAGCAUUUGACAAACAUUCCUUCUCUGAAGUCCACGUUUUCCAUAGAUGUUUGAUGGCUUCACUCCAUCUUUUUUUUUAAAUGUAUUUCCUCCCCCCUUUUAUUUGAUCACAGCUUUGAUAUAUUGUUAUAUCAGGAAUCGUAGCAUUCCUGGGAUGCUUUGAAUUUCAGGGUUGUGCGUUUUUAUUCUGUAAAAUGUCAUUUUUACUCAGUGUAAAUUAUUAUUAUUUUGCAAGGUUUUUGUGUAAGAAUUGUUUAAGAAUCCCACAGAACCUUAAUGCUUUUAGAAGCUUUUGUCAAUAAUCAUAUCCAUAUAAUGCAGCACCUCAGCCCUUUCAUUUUCGCUAAAGGUGUGAUAUUAUUGCGCUCUAUUUACUUUUUACAGAUCAAAUUCAUUUUCUUUUGUUAUUCCAGCAUGUAAUCGUUACAUUUCAUAGGCUUACAAUAAAUGAAUGAUUUGCUUUUCUAUGA